CCCUUACAAAAAAAGUACCUCAUGUGUUUCUUUAUCAUUGUAGUUUUUGUUUUCACUAGUGAAUUUCAUGUGUUAAUGUUGUUUUAAUAACGUGUUCCAAAUGCCGCAUGAAUAUUUUUUUCCUUGCAUAUAUAUAUUUGACCAACAGGAAGUGGAACGACGAGACAAAACGCCCCCCCCCUCCAGCGAACGCAUCUGAAUUCGUCGCUCGCCCAGGUAAGUGCGCGUCACCAUCGCGCGCUCUCUCUCUCUCCGCUGACCGGCUCUGAUGGCUUUUAACGCGCGUUUGAGCAUCACAAGCGCCGUCGAUCAUGGGGUUAAACAGUUUAGAAGGCAAUUAUUCAAAUCCUGCAGCACUUCCACUGGAUUCGGGCUGCGGUAUCAUAGCAACAACACCCGAGAAGAAGCAGCGUAACAUCAGCAGCAUCACCCGAACCUGAAGCACCAAAACUCUGGAUCAGAAACCCGGCGCGCGCGACACUCCCCACAGAAGAGCGCGAGACGAGCGCGCACGAUUAACGGCUGAGAGAGGAGCGCGGGAAUAUAUUCCUGACUGGAAAUACUGGAAAUAACGAACUUAUUUUUUUAUCUCAGCACAAAAUGUUCUCUUCUGAAGGGAGAAAGUUUUCGUGUUAUUGCCCGAAUGCGAAUUUAUCAGUCAUAUUUCACGGAAGCAGCAUCUCGCUCCCACUCAGUGUGCUGGAGAGUCCAGUGAACACUCGCCUGAGACGGAGCUUUGUGUUCAUCCUCUCUCAUGUUCAGCCUUCCAGAUUUUACAGAGCUUUCAUCAAGAUAAGUGAGCUUCUGGAACGUCCCUCUAAUGAAGAACCAAUAGGAGCACAGCAAAUGCUGGAUGAUUAAUUGAGCGCCAUCAUGAUUGCCACAGGGGGUCUACUGCGGAUAUCUGCCAGGCGACAGGACUCCCUCCGCGCUAAGAACCGUGCCGAAAACAAGCGUAAGAGGAAAGCAAAGAAAAAGAGGAAGAACGAAGUGGUUGUGGUUAAAGGAAAGCUGAAGCUGUGUUCCGUAUCUGGACUGGUCGCUGCCAUUGGGAUUCUGGUGCUGCUGGUUGGCGUCGCCAUGGCUGUGUUGGGCUACUGGCCCAAAGAGAGUCCGCAGUAUCCGGGAUUGAUGAACACACAGAACGCUCAGAGGACUUACGAGAGCCGAGGACGUGAAUUAGUCAAUGUGACCGUCAGAUGGGAUCUACUAGAUAAAGACUUCAGGAGCUUUAAUGGCUCCAGUGGGACUCCUGAGCUGGAUUCGCCUAAGCUGGGAGCAUUUGCUACGUUUAUUAACAGAUACUUGUAUUCAGACAAGCUGAAGGUGUUCGGACCUUUAAUUAUGGGCAUCGGGAUCUUCCUAUUCAUUUGUGCUAAUGCAGUGCUUCACGAAAACAGAGACAAAAAGACCAAAAUCAUUAACCUUAGAGACAUCUACUCAACAGUGAUUGACAUUCAUAGUUUGCGGACCAAGGAAUCCACGCCGCUGAAUGGUUUCGUGAACUACUGCCAAUCGAAAGAGACCAAAUCCUACGGAGCCCCUCAUAAAGACUCCUGGCCUUCUCCAGGCUCCGGUCGACACGACGCAAGUAGCAUGAUCUCGUCCCGACGUCUGUCUACCACCAUCCCACGAGUCUCGUCUUUGGAGAAACAGAGCUUUGCGGACACCGUCUACAGUAUCUAUCAAGAUCAGAACCGAAUCCCACCUGAGCUAAGGCAAUGGGAAACCAGAACCAUCGUGUCCACCUCAGUCAACGCUUUCACUCUGCCAAUGAUGAAGCUCAACAACCGAGGAGCGUCCGAAAGAAGGGGUUCGGACAAAACUGGAGAAGCCAAGAGAGAGUUUUUGGACGCCGAGGCCAUUUGCAGACGUUUGGAGGAUCUGGUAGCGUCUAGGACCAUCACAAAGGCCAAAGUGGAACCUGCUCAAAAUCAUCCAGAGCUUCCGCAGGACUCGGUGGAGGUUUACAGGAGUAGUGGCAGUUUGCAAGGAGUGCCUCGAGUUUCUCUGCAAGGAUCCCAGGUUCAGCUGCUUCCGCCGUGUUCGCCGGGCCGCAAGGCCACAGGAUCUCACCUGUCUUUAAGCGCUUUGUCUGACUACUCCAGGUCUAUUGAUCUGGAUAUCUGUACGUCGUCUACCCCUGCGGACCGGCAGGUGCGAUCGAGACGUCUCAGCUGCCCUCGACUGGAGGGCCUCGGCAGCGGAGGCUACACCAAACUCGAGGGUCUUGGCGGCGAGUCCUUCGAGUCCACGGACAAUGCAAUGUUUAGUCAUGGGAGUUCUGUUGAGGUUUUGGAAAAGGACCAAGAGCAUCACAAUCAGACGGACCAAGAGGAGAGCGGCGUGGUCAGACAAUUUUCAAAGAAACAAAAACUCAUAAUGGUUUCUCAAUCAGACACUACUUUAGAGGAUGUGGAAAUGGACAGUGUAGAAAUUUAACUAGGUGAUUCACUCAUGACUCUUGGAUGAUGUGAAACUAAAGGUACGGUCACAUUGGCAAAGUUUGUUCAGCGAAUUUUCACAAGCAAAAUCCAAUCAUUUCAAUAGGAAUGGAUGUCUAGGACUAUCACAAAGGCCAAAGAGGAACCCUCAUAAAGGCUAGUUAAAUUUCUACUCUGCCCAUUUGAUGGUCCUCAGAAAGUAAUUUCAGCACAUUUUCACGAGCGAAAUCCUGUCAUUUCAAUAGGAAAUGGGAAUUUCCCCACUUUCCCACAUUUCAAUGGGAAUUUCCCCACAUGGAGUUCACAAUGGUAGAGUCUAGGACUAUCACAAAAGCCAAAGUGGAACCCUCAUAAAGGCUAGUUGAAUUUCUAAAGUUAAAUUCUAGUUAAAUUUCUACUCUGUCUAUCUGAUGGUCCUCAGAAAGUAAUUUCAGUGCAUUUUCACAGCCGAAAUCCAGACAUUUCAAUAGGAAUCUACAUGUUUGGGAAUUUCCUCACAUGGAUUUCGCAUUGGUAGAGUCUAGGACCAACACAAAGGCCAAAGUGGAACCCUCAUCAAAGGCUAGUUAAAUUUCUAAAGUUAAAUUUCUACUCAGUCCAUUUGAUGAUUCUCAGAAAGUAACUUCAGCUAAGCUAAUUUUCACAAGCAAAAUCCAAUAAUUUCAAUAGGAAUCCAUAUGGAUUUCGCACUGGUAGAGUCUAGGACCAUCACAAAGGCCAAAGUGGAACCCUCAUCAAAGGCUAGUUAAAUUUCUACUCUGUCCAUUUGAUGGUCCUCAGAAAGUAAUUUCAGCGCAUUUUCACAAGCGAAAUCCAGACAUUUCAAUAGGAAUCUACAUGUUUGGGAAUUUCCUCACAUGGAUUUCGCAUUGGUAGAGUCUAGGACCAACACAAAGGCCAAAGUGGAACCCUCAUCAAAGGCUAGUUAAAUUUCUAAAGUUAAAUUUCUACUCAGUCCAUUUGAUGAUUCUCAGAAAGUAACUUCAGCUAAGCUAAUUUUCACAAGCAAAAUCCAAUAAUUUCAAUAGGAAUCCAUAUGGAUUUCGCACUGGUAGAGUCUAGGACCAUCACAAAGGCCAAAGUGGAACCCUCAUAAAGGCUAGUUGAAUUUCAACUCUGUCUAUCUUAUGGUCCUCAGAAAGUAAUUUCAAUAGGAAUCCAUGUGUUUGGGAAUUUCCUCACAUGGAAUUCGCAUUGGUAGAGUCUUGGACCAUCAUGAAGGCCAAAGUGGAACCCUCAUAAAGGCAAGUUAAAUUGUCCAUUUGAUGGUCCUCAGAAAGUAAUUUCAGCACAUUUUCACGAGCGAAAUCCUGUCAUUUCAAUAGGAAAUGUGAAUUUCCCCACUUUCCCACAUUUCAAUGGGAAUUUCCCCACAUGGAUUUCACAAUGGUAGAGCCUAGGACUAUCACAAAAGCCAAAGUGGAACCCUCAUCAAAGGCUAGUUAAAUUUCUAAAGUUAAAUUCUAGUUAAAUUUCUACUCUGUCCAUCUGAUGGUCAUCAAAAAAAUAAUUUCAGCGCAUUUUCACAGCCGAAAUCCAGACAUUUCAAUAGGAAUCUACAUGUUUGGGAAUUUCCUCACAUGGAUUUCGCAUUGGUAGAGUCUAGGACUAUCACAAAAGCCAAAGUGGAACCCUCAUAAAGGCUAGUUGAAUUUCUAAAGUUAAAUUCUAGUUAAAUUUCUACUCUAUCUAUCUGAUGGUCCUCAGAAAGUAAUUUCAGCACAUUUUCAUGAGCGAAAUCCUGUCAUUUCAAUAGGAAAUGGGAAUUUCCCUACAUGGAUUUCACAAUGGUAGAGUCUAGGACUAUCACAAAAGCCAAAGUGGAACCCUCAUAAAGGCUAGUUGAAUUUCUAAAGUUAAAUUCUAGUUAAAUUUCUACUCUAUCUAUCUGAUGGUCCUCAGAAAGUAAUUUCAGUGCAUUUUCACAGCCGAAAUCCAGACAUUUCAAUAGGAAUCUACAUGUUUGGGAAUUUCCUCACAUGGAUUUCGCAUUGGUAGAAUCUAGGACCAUCACAAAGGCCAAAGUGGAACCCUCAUCAAAGGCUAGUUAAAUUUCUAAAGUUAAAUUUCUACUCAGUCCAUUUGAUGAUUCUCAGAAAGUAACUUCAGCUAAGCUAAUUUUCACAAGCAAAAUCCAAUAAUUUCAAUAGGAAUCCAUAUGGAUUUCGCACUGGUAGAGUCUAGGACCAUCACAAAGGCCAAAGUGGAACCCUCAUAAAGGCUAGUUGAACUUCUAAAGUUAAAUUCUAGUCAACUCUGUCUAUCUGAUGGUCCUCAGAAAGUAAUUUCAGCGCAUUUUCACAAACGAAAUCCAGACAUUUCAAUAGGAAUCUACAUGUUUGGGAAUUUCCUCACAUGGAUUUCGCAUUGGUAGAGUCUUGGACCAUCACAAAGGCCAAAGUGGAACCCUCAUAAAGGCUAGUUGAACUUCUAAAGUUAAAUUCUAGUCAACUCUGUCUAUCUGAUGGUCCUCAGAAAGUAAUUUCAGCGCAUUUUCACAAACGAAAUCCAGACAUUUCAAUAGGAAUCUACAUGUUUGGGAAUUUCCUCACAUGGAUUUCGCAUUGGUAGAGUCUUGGACCAUCACAAAGGCCAAAGUGGAACCCUCAUAAAGGCUAGUUGAAUUUCUAAAGUUAAAUUCUAGUCAACUCUGUCUAUCUGAUGGUCCUCAGAAAGUAAUUUCAGCGCAUUUUCACAAACGAAAUCCAGACAUUUCAAUAGGAAUCUACAUGUUUGGGAAUUUUCUCACAUGGAUUUCGCAUUGGUAGAGUCUAGGACCAUCACAAAGGCCAAAGUGGAACCCUCAUAAAGGCUAGUUGAACUUCUAAAGUUAAAUUCUAGUCAACUCUGUCUAUCUGAUGGUCCUCAGAAAGUAAUUUCAGCGCAUUUUCACAAACGAAAUCCAGACAUUUCAAUAGGAAUCUACAUGUUUGGGAAUUUCCUCACAUGGAUUUCGCAUUGGUAGAGUCUUGGACCAUCACAAAGGCCAAAGUGGAACCCUCAUAAAGGCUAGUUGAACUUCUAAAGUUAAAUUCUAGUCAACUCUGUCUAUCUGAUGGUCCUCAGAAAGUAAUUUCAGCGCAUUUUCACAAACGAAAUCCAGACAUUUCAAUAGGAAUCUACAUGUUUGGGAAUUUCCUCACAUGGAUUUCGCAUUGGUAGAGUCUUGGACCAUCACAAAGGCCAAAGUGGAACCCUCAUAAAGGCUAGUUGAACUUCUAAAGUUAAAUUCUAGUCAACUCUGUCUAUCUGAUGGUCCUCAGAAAGUAAUUUCAGCGCAUUUUCACAAACGAAAUCCAGACAUUUCAAUAGGAAUCUACAUGUUUGGGAAUUUCCUCACAUGGAUUUCGCAUUGGUAGAGUCUUGGACCAUCACAAAGGCCAAAGUGGAACCCUCAUAAAGGCUAGUUGAACUUCUAAAGUUAAAUUCUAGUCAACUCUGUCUAUCUGAUGGUCCUCAGAAAGUAAUUUCAGCGCAUUUUCACAAACGAAAUCCAGACAUUUCAAUAGGAAUCUACAUGUUUGGGAAUUUCCUCACAUGGAUUUCGCAUUGGUAGAGUCUUGGACCAUCACAAAGGCCAAAGUGGAACCCUCAUAAAGGCUAGUUGAAUUUCUAAAGUUAAAUUCUAGUCAACUCUGUCUAUCUGAUGGUCCUCAGAAAGUAAUUUCAGCGCAUUUUCACAAACGAAAUCCAGACAUUUCAAUAGGAAUCUACAUGUUUGGGAAUUUCCUCACAUGGAUUUCGCAUUGGUAGAGUCUAGGACCAUCACAAAGGCCAAAGUGGAACCCUCAUAAAGGCUAGUUGAAUUUCUAAAGUUAAAUUCUAGUCAACUCUGUCUAUCUGAUGGUCCUCAGAAAGUAAUUUCAGCGCAUUUUCACAAACGAAAUCCAGACAUUUCAAUAGGAAUCUACAUGUUUGGGAAUUUCCUCACAUGGAUUUCGCAUUGGUAGAGUCUUGGACCAUCACAAAGGCCAAAGUGGAACCCUCAUAAAGGCUAGUUGAAUUUCUAAAGUUAAAUUCUAGUCAACUCUGUCUAUCUGAUGGUCCUCAGAAAGUAAUUUCAGCGCAUUUUCACAAACGAAAUCCAGACAUUUCAAUAGGAAUCUACAUGUUUGGGAAUUUCCUCACAUGGAUUUCGCAUUGGUAGAGUCUUGGACCAUCACAAAGGCCAAAGUGGAACCCUCAUAAAGGCUAGUUGAAUUUCUAAAGUUAAAUUCUAGUCAACUCUGUCUAUCUGAUGGUCCUCAGAAAGUAAUUUCAGCGCAUUUUCACAAACGAAAUCCAGACAUUUCAAUAGGAAUCUACAUGUUUGGGAAUUUUCUCACAUGGAUUUCGCAUUGGUAGAGUCUAGGACCAUCACAAAGGCCAAAGUGGAACCCUCAUAAAGGCUAGUUGAAUUUCUAAAGUUAAAUUCUAGUCAACUCUGUCUAUCUGAUGGUCCUCAGAAAGUAAUUUCAGCGCAUUUUCACAAACGAAAUCCAGACAUUUCAAUAGGAAUCUACAUGUUUGGGAAUUUCCUCACAUGGAUUUCGCAUUGGUAGAGUCUUGGACCAUCACAAAGGCCAAAGUGGAACCCUCAUAAAGGCUAGUUGAAUUUCUAAAGUUAAAUUCUAGUCAACUCUGUCUAUCUGAUGGUCCUCAGAAAGUAAUUUCAGCGCAUUUUCACAAACGAAAUCCAGACAUUUCAAUAGGAAUCUACAUGUUUGGGAAUUUCCUCACAUGGAUUUCGCAUUGGUAGAGUCUUGGACCAUCACAAAGGCCAAAGUGGAACCCUCAUAAAGGCUAGUUGAAUUUCUAAAGUUAAAUUCUAGUCAACUCUGUCUAUCUGAUGGUCCUCAGAAAGUAAUUUCAGCGCAUUUUCACAAACGAAAUCCAGACAUUUCAAUAGGAAUCUACAUGUUUGGGAAUUUCCUCACAUGGAUUUCGCAUUGGUAGAGUCUUGGACCAUCACAAAGGCCAAAGUGGAACCCUCAUAAAGGCUAGUUGAACUUCUAAAGUUAAAUUCUAGUCAACUCUGUCUAUCUGAUGGUCCUCAGAAAGUAAUUUCAGCGCAUUUUCACAAACGAAAUCCAGACAUUUCAAUAGGAAUCUACAUGUUUGGGAAUUUCCUCACAUGGAUUUCGCAUUGGUAGAGUCUAGGACCAUCAUGAAGGCCAAAGUGGAACCCUCAUAAAGGCUAGUUGAAUUUCUAAAGUUAAAUUCUAGUCAACUCUGAUGGUCCUCAGAAAGUAAUUUCAGCGCAUUUUCACAAGCGAAAUCCCGACAUUUCAAUAGGAAUCCAUGUGUUUGGGAAUUUCCCCACAUGGAUUUCGCAUUGGUAGAGUCUUGGACCAUCAUGAAGGCCAAAGUGGAACCCUCAUAAAGGUUAAAUUUUGAUGCAAAAUCUGCAUGGGGAAAUCUUUAGCCCUCACAAAUUCCAGAUCACGUAAAUUCCUAUUGAAAUAUCUGGAUUUCGCUUGAGUAAAUUCGCUGAACAACGGUAAAUGUGACCGCACCUUAAAAGUAAUUUCAGUGACGACAUGUGCAGUGAUGGUCUUCGGAAAGUAAUGAAAAGAGAGCAAAGGUUGCCUGAAAUGUUGUUACUAUGUUAGACCCAAAGGUCAGUCUUUAAUACUGUUUCCUGGAGGAACUACAAGCAAAAACCAGAUGGGAAGUAACAGUCUCAGACUUUCAGCAUGAUAGCACAGCUAUGCUCCACUAGAUUAAAAAAAUUACUUCCAGUAGUAGAAUAUUUGUGGCUGUUUAGUUUAUCGGUGAAGUUUGGCUGUCUGAGCAGCAUGUUUUAUACCGUUGUCUACUUGCACUUUUUUUAACCACCAAAUUAUUGAUUAUUUUUUAGAAAUUGACUUGAUAGCAAUAUCUCAUUUGAACUGUUCCCUGCUUGUGUGGGAAAUGUUUAUGUUUGCAUUUUGCCUCAGAGAUGUUAACUUGUAUGCCGUCAGUUUUUUCUUACUUUAUACUUUUUAUUUGACUUAAAUGAACUCAAACAAACCAUGAGUCAAAUCCAGACGUUAGCUAGCUAUGUAGUUCAGUGCUGUCUGAAAUGUAAUGUCCAUUACAGUAUAUUUAAAAUAUCAUGAGACGUUGAAGUUUCUCUGAUGAGUUUUGAGGUCAUUUAAUUAAAGAUUAAUCAACAGCGUCUCUUUAAAGCAACCCAAGAGAAGCAUUAAUGCUGCGUUCCAUCCAAAAUCAGAUGUCUGAAUGAGGAAAAAUCAAGUAACCUCUGGUGAAAUGAGUUUGGAGUUAAACCAAUGGCUGUAAUUGACUAAUCUGGCACUAGAGAGUUUGUGUGCUCUGAGAACAUGUACUAACAAUCACAAUCACAUACUAGUACAGUUACCAGUUUCGAUUUGAAGUCCGACUUCAAGUGUUGUUCUAUUCUGUGAAAACUCUGAGUUGAUUGGAACGCAGUGUGAUCUGCAGCUUGUGAUGUUAAUGAACAGAUGCUCAUGUGGGAGUUUGUCUUUGUUACGGUGUUCAAAUGUAACGGUAGACUCUUCUAAAGCUUCCCUAGUCAUUUUGUCUCCAUUUGCCUUCAAAAGAACAGAUUCUGCCAAUUAAUAAACAUAUUAAAUGCAACUGAAAACAACAGCGAGCACCGUCUCAAACUGCUAGUACUGUAUCCGACUCUGUCUAGUUAAACACGCUCUUAAAAAUAAAGCUUCCAAAAGGGGCUUUUCGCAGAAGAACCUUCCAGUCAUCGGUUCGUAAAAGAACCAUUUUUUCUUAGUGUGAAGAAAAAUCUAAAGAACCUUUUUCCACUAUAAAUAUCUUUUGUGCGAUGGAAAGAUUCCAUGGAUGUUAAAGGCUCUUCAUGGAACCAUCAGUGGCCAUAAAGAAGCGUUAUUUUUAAGAGUGCAGUUUGAUAAUCUCCAGUAUCUCUCCAUGGUGUGUGUGUGUGUGUGUGGUACGUUUCUGAUAUGGUGUCAGUGAAAUCAUCUGUUUGCAGAUAUGGUGGUCUUCAUGUACUUCAGUUGCUCCUGAAAUAUUAACACUUUCCAUGGAUUAAUGUCAUUAUCCUGCAGUGAAGAGCAACAGUCAUCAUUCACGCUAGACGAUGAAGAGUUCGACUCAAGAAACUCUUGGAAGCGUUGGGUGAUUCCUCCUGUGCAUCAUAUAUGUCUGAAUACACUGGACAAAAUAUUAAACUCACAAUUUACAAAGA